GGGCUGCCUGAGCACUUUACGGCUGUCUCUUUAAUUUCUCAACUGGGGGAAAGAGUGCAAAAUGUGUGGCCGCUUCUGCGGGUGGAGAGUGGAGUUUUCGUGACUUAUUUUUGGCAGCGAGGAGUAGGGCUGGUACUGAAGGAGGAAGAGGAGGUGCAGCCGCCGCCGUUUGCAUCCAGAGGACUGCCGGGGAUGGGAAGAUGCCCCUGGAGGUGAAGUGGCCCUUUCCUCGGGCGCCGAGUCUGCCCUGGAACUUGGCCAGCAGGCUGAUCACGGGCUUGGUGGGUACCUACAGCUGCUUCUGGACCAGGUACAUGAACCAGCUGAAAGUACAUAACGAAGACGUCCUCUAUGAGCUCAUUGAAAAACGCCAGCCGGGCACCCCCCUCCUCACAGUCUGCAACCACCAGUCUUGCAUGGACGACCCUCACCUCUGGGGUAUACUGAAAGUGCGGCAUGUCUGGAGCUUGCAGAUGAUGCGGUGGACCCCAACAGCUGCUGACAUCUGUUUCACCAAGGAGCUGCAUUCACGUUUCUUUAGCCUCGGGCGGUGUGUUCCUGUCUGUCGUGGUGAUGGCGUCUACCAGAGAGGCAUGGACUACAUACUGGAGAAACUCAACCAUGGGGACUGGGUCCACGUGUUUCCAGAAGGCAAAGUUAACAUGACUCAGGAGUUCAUGCGUUUCAAAUGGGGUAUUGGGCGUCUCCUGGCUGAAUGCCGUCUGCACCCCAUUAUCCUGCCGCUUUGGCAUGUAGGAAUGAACGACGUGCUUCCUAACGUGCCCCCUUACGUGCCUCGCACUGGGCAGAAAAUCACAGUGCUCAUUGGGAAGCCGUUCAGCGUUCGGCCCUUACUGGAGCGAUUGCGUGCCGAGAACAAAUCCACCGUGGAGAUGCGCAAGGCAUUGACGGAUUUCAUCCAGGAGGAGAUCCAGGCGCUGAAAGACCAGGCCGAGCGGCUUCAUCAGGCCUUCAAACUCCAGAGCUAGUGACGGGGCUGGGAUGAGCGUUGGGGGCCCUCCCACCGAUGCAUGGAUUGCUCAUUCUCGGGACGUGAUCGCAAGUGGUCUGUGCACGGGAUCCUUCUCCCCUUAGUCUUUGAGUGGAACCUCCCCACUCUGCCACCUGUCACCCACACCUGGCAACCCGUGGACUGGCAUUGCAUGCAAGGGCUGGGAUGCACCUUCUGGAUCUCCCCCCACCCACCCACCCACCCACCUAAUCUCUCUUUGUGCCUCUCCAUCUCGGGGAACUCAGGACAGCUCCUUCGGCAUUCUUUGUUGCCAGAGAUCAGCAGUGCGGAAGGGGGCCUCAUGUUCUCAGGUGUUAAUGAAGCAUACAGACAAGCAGGAGUAGGAAGUUUGAGGGGGGGAGGGCAAAUUAAGGCUUUCCUUCGCUCCUUGCUGUGACCCCCCCCCCCCCUUGCCCUGGCUGCCUUUGCUUUGUGGCUGCUUGGAGGAUCGACGGGCUGCUGCUAGCGUCCCUCCGUGGGAGAAGAUUGGGGCAGAGGUGGUUUUUAUACUUCAUGUCUUUUUCCAGUAAAUAAUUCCAAACCA